CAACUUAAAAGCGUCGAAAACCCUACGAUUUCCCGGCAACAUUUCUUCUUUCUUAUCUCAUUUCCCCGGGAAAAGCUGUUUUUACCAGGAAAAAGAAAAAAUGUCUUCCUCUACUAUUUUUCCAUGCUUUAUAGGUCCAAUCUCACCGAAUGAUCCUCGUCAACAAAGCUACUACAAUCCUCGUGUCUGUACAGUAAGAUGUGGGUCCUCACAUUCUGCUCAAAUUCCAAAGGAAGAAGGAGUGGAAGAACACUACUACAGCAGAAACUCGCGUCAUUUCUGGGACAGGUUCUACAAGCGCCAUAAGAACAAGUUCUUUAAGGAUAGGCAUUACUUGGAGAAGGAUUGGGGAAAGUAUUUCUGCGACAGUAAUGAUGCCAGCGGUGCAGAAUCAAGCAUUCGAAAGGUUGUUCUGGAGGUGGGUUGUGGAACUGGGAACACUCUCUUUCCACUUGUUGCUGCAUAUCCUAAUGUAUUCGUUCACGCUUGUGAUUUUUCCUCUGAGGCUGUCCGUCUUGUGAAGAUAUUUAUGUUGUCUGCAGUUUCACCAAAUAAAAUGCCUCAGGUGUUGCAGAACCUGAAAACAAUUCUGAAGCCAAAUGGUCACAUUCUUUUACGAGAUUAUGCACUUGGAGAUUCUGCUCAGGUGAAGUUACAGAGGAGAAAUCAAAUAAUUGAUGAAAACUUCUGCUUCAGAGGAGAUGGUACUUGCUCAUUUUACUUUUCAGAGGAUUUCUUGACCUCGUUGUUUGUAGGAGCUGGUUUCAAGAUUGUAGAUAUAAAUACAUACUGCAGGCAAAUCGAGAAUCGUUCCAAAAAUGUUACCAUGUCAAGGUGGCUUACUGACCAUACUGAAAGGCAAGCUUUCCUGAGAAUUUUGGUUUUGAAGAUUGGCGUUCACACCAUCACCUGUUGCUUCAGCAUCAUAUCCAAGAUCUCGUAGUCGUUCAAGUACUGGUAAAACGACUGUUCCGAGGUCUGGCCUAUCUUUCUUCCGAAGUUCACAACAUUGCAGAGCUAACUUGGCCAAUGACAAAGCCUCCUCUACUGGCCAAUCAGCUACCCUUGGAUCCAGUGUACUUGAAAAUGUGCCUUGCUCAAUUGCUUCUUCAACUUGAUAUGUCAGACCCAUUGCAGGCUUUGCUGUAAUGAGCUGUAGCAACACCACACCAAAUGAGUAUAUGUCAGAUUUGGUCCCAAGCAUGCCAGAUUGUUGAUACUCUGGAUCGAUGUAGCAAAAUGUUCCAGCUGCUGCAGUCAUAUGAUACUGAGUAACACUGUCAGCCACUGAUGACGGAACUAGUCUUGACAAGCCGACGUCGCCAAUCUUGCUCACGUAGUUCUUGUCUAGGAGAAUGUUGGCAGGUUUGAGGUCACGAUGAACAAGAGGCUCUGGUCUUGUUUGGUGAAGGAAGAGAAGGGCUGUUGCGAUCUCAGCUGCUAUUCUAAACCUAACUCUCCAGGGUAUAGGGCUGCUGCCAUUCCUGCAGAAAAGCCUAUCUUCCAAGCUUCCAUUUUCCAUGUAUUCAUAAACAAGGCACCCGUACUCGGGACAGGCACCCAAUAACAGAACCAUGUUUGGAUGUCUCAUGCGACUUAGCACCUCAAUCUGCAUGUUUAGAUUAGACUGUUUAGUACAUUCCAUCAGGAAACUCGGAAGGUUAGACAAAUUUCUUUAUGGAUCAUUCUUCACCAGGUAAUCAUAUUAUGAAGUACUCAUGAUUGUUCUUUGCUCACUGAAAAUUCUCUUACAACGACAGUGAACUGAUAGAUAACAGUAACUUAGGCUAUCAAGCAUUUUUUAAUGUAGUAGAUUUGUGAUUAUCAUGGAAGUUAUUCUGACAUUCAUCUAUAUUAGAGUGAAAGAUGGACAUGUUUCAGAUUAUUGUGGUUCAAUUACUGUAAUGGGAAAGCAUGGCAUAGCAGAUGCAAUCUUUUUGCACAGCAUGUUUAAAGUUUAAACAUAUAUGAUGUGUCUAAUCUGAAACAUAGAAAAAGUUCAAAUACCUCUCUUUGAAAUUGCUGCUGUCCCUGAGAAAUGUCUGGCCUCAACACCUUGAUAGCAACAGCCGUGUGAUCAAGAUGGGCUUUAUAAACAGGGCCAUACCCUCCUUCACCAAUCUUCUCUGAAGUGGAGAAAUGAUCUGUUGCUUGUUCAAUUUCUUCUAUGGUGUACCUUCUGUACCGAGCGUCGCAGCGCGCCAAUGCAUCCAUGGCUUUCUUCUUCUCUUCUGACUCCUGCAGCAAUCUCAUUUCUGCUUGCUUUCUUUUUUGACUCUCCAAUUCUGCUAGGCACUGAGCCAUUUGUGCGGCUUCAAUAGCCGCUUUGCACUUAGUCUUCUCCAUCUCCAUCAAAACCACUGCAGCCUCCUGAGCAGCUCUGCCUUCUUCAAUUUUACGUGCUUCAUUCGACUUCCAUAUAUCAACUUCAUUAGCCUGGGAACAAAUUUCAUACUUAGGACUGAACCACAAGGAUCUCUUUUCUACCUGCGUCGCACUAGAUUUUAGAAUUACCAGAUAUUUCAGACAAGAGUGUUACCUUAUCUUUGGCUGCUAAUGCUUCUCUACAGGCUGAAUUGUACAUUUCCAUGGUACGCUCCAGUUCUUGUCUCAAUCUCCUCAUUUCUUCCUCCAACUCUCCCUGUAACACAUCCGUGACUGGAUUUUAGUACAAAAUUUUGAUUCACAUUGCUUGCAUUCUAGUUUUAGUGUCUCAUUAUUAGCUCUAAUCUGAGAGAAAUCAUGUCAUUCCAAUGGGAUUCAAAUCAUCGGGUGAUCCGCAAGAGUUGAAUGUUAGGAACUCUAAAGCAUCAAGAAACACAUUAGGCCUCAUCGAGCGUUAACUAAGUGUUACUUUUUAUUGUCAAUAUUAGACAGUUAAAUAAUAUCCUUAGGCUAUAUCCUGUCAACUGUCAAUUUCUAAAACUAAUGAAUCCCACAUUUUACAACAUACCUGAUUUGGCAAGAUGUAGGAGCUCCUUGAAGCAUCUGAUGAACGCGGCUGGUCAAGUUGCUCAAAGGACAUGCUAGACGAUUGGAAACUCAUUGGCCCUGAGCGAUCGCUGGAGCUGGAAACAGAAUCGGAUGGACUUCCUUGAGUCUGUCGAUGAACAGGGGACGGUGGAAUCUUGCUUCUGUUCAUGCCAUUGCCACUGUACAUUGGAUUGAAGGGCGACGUACUCAUGCUGUUGUUGGAUUGCUUAUCAGGACUGCUGCCACCGAAUAAAGGAUGCCGGGGCGAUGUGUUCCUGUUGCUGGAUUGCAUAUCCCUUGGAAUGGCAUUAUAAUUAUAUCCUGAAUGUUGUGGAGAAGAAAACUUGCUGUUGCUUGGGCUAUUCCUCGAAUUCCCCGGCAUGAAGUCGCUACUUUUAGCCGAAUAUGCUCCAUCAUCCGAAUCUGAACUUCUCCAACUCCCCUGGCUGCAGCAUAUAUAUAAGAUCAUUCAGCAAUCAAAAUUUUCAUCACAUCCUGAAGCUGUAAGCAUUCAUUUUGGGAAUUCGUAUUUGGAUUACAGAAGCCUUUCCAAAAAUGAUAAAAUGUGGAAACAAGGCUUUUCCAUGGUUUGGGGGGGGAGUGUUACCUGUAAAAUUGCUCAGAAAGUGGGGUUCCAGGCAAAGAUCCUGUUUGAGAAUUGGGGUGUCUGGAGCCAGCAAAGCUGUUAGGGUUGGGAGAUCUUUUGGCGCUUUUCAAGAGUUGAGAUUUCACCUUGGAUACAGCGUAAACCGAACAAAAAUCUGGGAUGGAUUUCACCAGGCUAGCUUGAAUAUCCUGGUUCUUAAAUGCCCUGUUUGGAUGACAAAGACACAGCCAGAAGAAUCUGUGAGCUCUCUUCAUCAUAUUGUUGAGUAAAAUGCCACAAAAGAGAUAACAUCAACAAUGUUAUAUAUACCCAUCUAGGAUAAAUCCCUCCUCUGCUAAUAUUCAAGCUCUACAUGACCUAAAUCUAAUCUAUUGAAAAAAUUGUGCACUCAAAUAUAUGCCAGGGAAUGAGUUCUAAUAUC